ACAACGCGGUGACGUCAGAAGCAACGAUCUGCCCAUGCUCGUGCUUAGUGAAGGAGAUGAGCCCACUGCAGCUGAUAGAUGUGUUUUAGUGAUGUAAUGUUGUCUGUUUGGUGACUGAGGAUGGCUGUUUGUGCCAGGCUCUGCGGAGUUGGCCAGUCGCGGAGGUGCAGGAGGCGACAGCGGCAAAACCAGCAGGAUCAGGGAAGCGACUCUGAAAUGGACGAGGAUGAAGAGGAGCGGAUCGUAGGACACAGGCAAGCCGACGUCGGAGUUGGCGGCGGCGGCUGCGGAGGCCUGGAGAGCGACGUCCCCACUGCAGGGCCCAGUGACGCUUGUGAAUAUGGCAGCGGCCAUGCCAGCAGUAUAAGCUUUCUAGAUCGAACGAGCACGGUACCUCCACACCCGCAGUCAUUAGCGGAGUUACCCCCGGAGCUUCUGGUGGAAAUACUGUCUCUGCUCCCCGGGACAGCGCUGCCAAAUGUUGCCCUCGUCUGCAAGAAAUUCAGGCAAAUCGUAAACACUGAAACCAUCUGGAGACGGCGGUGCACGGAAGAGUUUGGUAUGAAGGACGAUCUGCGAAAAAUGGAAGUGGGUGGGGUAUCAAGCCGGGACCUCUACGUUAAACGUGUCAACCCACGGGUGAAGUCUGGGCGCUUUAUGAAGCUCCUCCCGGACUAUGAGCACAUGGACUAUAGAGACAUUUACACACACUGUAUGUACACAGCAGAAGCAUGA